AUGCACAAGUGGCCACUGCCCAAUUGCCGCGAGGUCUGUACAGAUCUGCUGACGCAGCGCCGCGUGGGCGUGGACCUCUGCAGCGUGGACCGGCAAAGGCCCACGGUGCAGAAGCUGCCGGCCUCGGAUCAAGGCGGACAGCUGCUGUACGGCUUCCUCUGGGCCGAUCCAGCCUCGUCGGAAGAGGAGAAGAAGUCAUCCAACAGCCGUGCGGGGAAGUUCGUGGAGUCUGAGACGCGUGCCUUCUGCGAGCGGAACAAUUUGGCUUUGCUGGUGCGAUCCCACGAGGUGCCAAGGACGUUGCGUGGGGUGGAGCAACACCACGGGGGUUUGUGCAUCACCGUCUUCUCCGCAAGCAACUACUGUGGCUCUGUGGGCAAUCGUGGAGCUGUGCUUAUUUUGCGCCCUGGUGGUGGCAGGACUGAGCCGGAGGCCCUCGAGCAUUGGGCGCCACCGUGGCCUCGCCUCUGCACCUUUCUAGCCACUGGUGGUGACGAUGGCGUCCUGGCAGCGCGCUGGGAAGCGGCCUUUGGCAUUUGCCCAACGGACUGCCUCCUGGGAGUGGACGCGCCAGCAGAGACGUGCGAGGAGUCAGUGUCUGCAAGCCGCGAGCAGCUCAUGCAAUUCAUGGCUGAGCGGAUUGUGGAGCACAAGGAGGAGCUCUUUGAUGCCUUCUGUCAAGCAGAUGCAGACUGCACUGGCGUGGUAGACGUUUCUUCCUGGCUGGAUGCCAUGCGGCAGGUCCUGGCCCCGCACUGCAGCGUGCUCACGGUGCAGAUGCUUUUGGAGAUGGCCAAGAACUGGUCCCUGAAGACCCCCGUGCCCUACGUCAAGUUCCUGCACCGUUUCCAGAUCCGAGACAACCCCGAGGACGGCUCGGUCCUGGUUGAUCGCAUCAAGAUAGUCAGCCAACUGCAGAACAAGCUGGUGGACUUCUCCGCCAUCAACCUGGAGCAGCUCUUGGACCCAGACGGCGACAAGGCUGUGUCCCACCGAGAGUUCGCCAGUUUCCUGCCGCAGUUCCACAUACAGGUCCCGCCAUGGCAGGCUGCCGCCUUGUACGAGACGAUGGCCGGGAUGGUGGACCAGGACCCCAUCAACCUGGACAACACCAUCCUUUGCUUGGCGUUGGUGAGCCAGGACCCUCCCAAGAGGGAAGACGACCCCUGCGCUGAUGUGGCCGAUGCCAUCGGCCGGAAGAUCAUGCAAUCCGGGGACAGCCUCGCGAGCAUCUUCCGGUCCUGGGAUGAGGACAAUUCGGGCUUCUUGUCCCUGGCGGAGCUGAAGAAUGGCCUGCGCUCCCUGCCCAUGUCCCACCGCUUCACUGACGAAGAGGUCGCGGUGUGCAUGUCCAAGAUUGACAGCUUGGGGAAGGAGGAUGAGAGGCUCAGCAUCUUUGAGUUCAUCCGCGCGCUUGCGCCGAGGCGGGUGACACUGGAGCUGCAGCGGUCGAUGAUCCGCGAGGUGCUGAAGCGCGUUUGGGUCUGCCGGCCGGCGCUGCUCUCUUCGCUGAGCACUCGAGACCCCGAGGCCACCAAUGAGGUGGACUGGGAUGCCUUUUGCGAGUGCGUGCUGGCCUCAGAGUACUUGUGA